AUGAAUUUAAAUGCAUUAAAAUUGUUGUUUUAUACAUUAGUAGUGCAUAUUAUUAAUCCAGAUAUUCCAAAUAGGGGUACAGCAAUUCUCGGAUGGCCUUCGAAUAGAAGUAAGUUUAAUAAAACAGUAUACGAUUUUCAAACGGAAUAUAAUCUCAAAAAAGUCACAGAAAAUAUAACUCGGGAUCAAGGUGAUGACUUCGGACAUGUACCUGAUGAAUUUAUCGCUUUUCAAAUAGAUUUAUUUCUUAUAUUACAGCAGAUGGCCUACGUGCUCAAUAAAAGAAACGGAACUGGACUCACGUACAAUGAAUAUUUUGUAACUGUUUGUUCAUUGCUCCCGAGAUGUUUGGACUAUAUCAAUAUUAAUGUCUUUCAGAAUUCAAUAACCGUAUUGUUAAACAAAAUGCAUAUAGUUCUUUGUCAAACAUUGCCUACGCAUUAUUUAAAAACUAUCAAUUCGUCACGGAAGGAUACAGAGAAAGAAGUGAUUUAUAAGGAAAUUGAGAGAAAUUUGAUAUAUUUAAUAUCAAUGUUGGAGGAUAAAACAAAAAUUAAUAACAACUUGUUUGAGCUUCUAAAUUACCAGAAGGACAGUAAGAAUUUUCUUUUCGAAGUUUACGGUAUCAUUGGUAAAAUCGAUAAGAUAUCAUGUAUGAGUAAAAAACUAGAAAGCCUAAAUUAUUAUUAUACCGUACAAAAAACGCUUAACGAAAAGAAAUUACAAAAGGACGAUAACAGAAACAAUAAAAAUAUACAAUUUUUAGAAAACGAAAAAGUUUUUUUGGAUGUGAACAUAAAUUAUACAAAUAUACUUGAGAAAAAAUGCGGUUUGUCAAAAUAUAAAAUUCGAACAAAUGAUUUGUCUAAGUUCGAUGCAAUGCACGAAUUAUUUGUUUUUACAUUAAAUAAUCUCCAACAAUUUUUUACAAAUAGUAUAUUAAGCACUCAAAAUGAAAAUUCUCGAAUAACUGAAAAUGUCCUGGAAGAGACAGGCAUAAUAACAAAAAUGAUACUCGAUUUAUGUCAGAGUAUCUCUUACAUUCUUGUUUUUUUUAAAGAAAAUAAGUUUAAAGACGACCCGAAAAUGUUCAACGUUUAUUUUACGUUCUGCUUCGACUUUACGGAAUACGCCAAUACGCGUUGCAUCAGUGCUUUUCACAGUACUCUAGAUGCUAUCCAUUUCAAGGAGGAGAGAUCAAAUUGCUUAUGGGAGUCGUUGAUAAACAUUUGGACGUAUAAUAUAUUCGUAACAACCACUGAGGUCCCGAAAAUAAAAAUCGACAAGUAUUUAAGGAAUAAAGAUUGUAUAUACUAUUACAGGAACUAUAUAACGACCCUCUAUGAUAGCAUCAAACAAUAUGACAAAGAAAUUGGCGUAUGGACCACGUUUCGGUGGUUGAGCGGUAAAUAUUUUCUUACCGAAAAUUUCGAAAACGUAAAUAUGAAUGAGUUAAAAUUGAAAAAUAUAAAUAUUAAAAACGUUACUAUAAGUUUAUCAGUUGCGUAUCAUGCUAUAUUACCAUGGNUAUUUUAUGUUCUGCUUCGACUUUACGGAAUACGCCAAUACGCGUUGCAUCAGUGCAUUUCACGGUACCCCACAUGCUAAGCAUUUCAAGGAAGAGAGAGUGAAUUGUUUAUGGGAGUCGUUGAAAAACCUUUGGACGUAUAAUAUAUUCGUUACAACCACUCAGGUCCCGAAAAUAAAAAACGACAAGUAUUUAAGAAAUAAAGAUUGUAUAUACUAUUACAGGAGCUAUCUAACGACCCUCUAUGAUAGCAUCAAACUAUAUGACAAAGAAAUUGGCGUAUGGACCACAUAUAGGUGGUUGAGCGGUAAAUAUUUUCUUACCGAAAAUUUUGAAAACGUAAAUAUGAAUGAGUUAAAAUUGAAAAAUAUAAAUAUUAAAAACGUUACUAUAAGUUUAUCAGUUGCGUAUCAUGCUAUAUUACCAUGGCAUUUGAACACGUUUCCAGUAGGCCUUCUCCAUAAUAUGAUAUUACAGCAUCUAGACAGAACGAUGAAUACGUACGUUUACCGAUACGCGCUAAUUAUAGAUUUGUAUUUGAAGCGCACAAGUAGCAGAGUCAAUUCUCACAUUUUACAAAGCAUACGAGAUAGUGUUCGGUGGUAUACGGAAGGGACAGAAUUGUUUUACAAAUAUCUUGAUUUACCUUUGUACACUGAUAAAGACCCACAGAAUGAGCCUUUACCACCUGUUGAAAUGAGUACUAUCAUUUUAAGAAUAAAACAUCUAGAUGAUAACGGUAAAAUAAAUGUUGACGACAUCAUUCCUAAAGACGCAAAAGACGAUUUUUUGAAGUGGUCCGAAACCGAACUUCCAAACAACGAUGACGAAAACCAUCAAUUCAACACGGCUAUAAAUACGAAUUGCAUGGACGCUAUGGACUACAUGAGUACAUUCAUUUCGAUCGCAGUGAAUUCUUUAGACAUAAAAUCCGAAUUCUAUCCUCCUUCUAUUACGUACACCGAAUACUGUCCGAAAAAUAUAUUUAAUGUUAAACCUGUCGAACACACCCAAAAGGGUAUUUAA